AUGAGAUCUGCUAAUUUUGCUUCAUUGUCCUUAUUUUUUGGCUUUUUGAUUCUGGAAAGUGCUGCAGUCUACGUAUGCUCGGGUCGAACUCGAAUACCGGAUCAUGAAGUCGAGGCAAGAGCGAAUGAGAUUUACUCAAAAGGAGAAUCCCUCAAAGCUAGUCGGACUCCUGGUCAAGAACAAAUAGAAGAUAUCUAUUUUGAUGAUGAUGAAGAUGAUGCAGAAAUGUCCUUUUCCAGCGACUUCUAUCCUCGGAUCAAAUCUUCUGGAACAUAUACAAUAACAGUCGAUUAUCCAUCAAAAAAAAUAUUGGUUACAGAGAAAAUUGAAUAUAACGGCAGACACCAAAUGUCAUUUUGUGGAAAGCAUUAA